AACAUUUACUUCAUAUACAAUACAAGAAGGAAGAGGUCACACACAGACACCCACAACUCUCCCACCAUUUCACCUUCCUUUGCCUUUUUUUUUUCUUCUUUUUUUUUUCUUUAUUUCUUUCCACACCCAUUUGUGAGAUUCUUGCAGUGGUCUUUUCUCUUCCACUGGAUUGUACAGAUUCCCAAUUAAUAACCCAUCUUAAUCCCUUCACUUCUGAAUUCUGAUUGAUUUUGGGAUUUUGAUUUUCCCUUUUUCUUCUUGUUCUUAUGUUUUCAUUUCUCUCUUUUUGGGUUUUUUGAGACUUUUUGAGGCAAAACUCUUCUGGGUCUUUGAGCUAUUGCUUGUUUCUGCAAUUUCCCUUUUCUGGGUUUUUUUCAGAAAAGGGUUUUAUGCCCAAUAGCUUGAAGAAAAAAAAAAAACCAAUCAUAUAUAUAUUUUCCCAUUUUUGUAUAAUUUUUGUGAAUAAAUUAGUUUUUUACCCAGUUUUUUUUUUUGUUUUGUAAUUUGCUUUAUCUACUUGAGGAGAAAAUUUUAAAAGGAAGAGAAGGAUAUGGGCAAGCAAGGGCCUUGUUAUCACUGUGGAGUUACAAGCUGUCAAGCUGUUAAAUAUGCACCCCUACCCUCCUGGAUUGCCGCAUGUUUUAGAAUUUAUAUUUCAUUUGCACAAUCCUCAACGUGUGGAGAUCGUCACUAUAUUGCUAAUAGCAGCAAGCAAGGAUUUUCCCAGCACACCACUCUGGCGUAAUGGGCCUCCUGAUAAGCCAGUAUUGUGCAACGCCUGUGGAUCUCGAUGGAGGACGAAGGGAACUCUAGCAAACUAUACCCCUCUUCAUGCACGGGCGGAUCCUGAUGAGUUUGAGGAUAAAAGGAUCUCUAGGUGGAAGAAUUUGUCAAUGUGUAAGAACAAAGAAGUGAAACUGCUUAAAAGAAAACAGUAUCAAGAUAAUGGACUUGUGGUUGGGGUUAUUCCUGAUCAUGCUCAGAGCUUUCACAAGGUAGUGGAUGAAGAUACAAGUAAUAGAUCAAGUUCUGGAUCAGCCAUAUCGAACUCUGAGAGCUGUGCACAAUUUGGUGGCGCAGAUGCUAGUGAUCUGACAGGUCCCUCACAAUCAACAGCGUGGGAGGCAAUGGUGCCUUCUAGAAAGAGGACCUGUGUCGGUCGUCCAAAGUCUACUGCAGUUGAGAAACUCACCAAAGAUCUGUACACCAUUUUACGUGAACAACAAUCUUACUUUUCUGGAUCUUCCGAGGAGGAUUUGCUUUUCGAGAAUGAAACUCCGAUGGUCUCCGUAGAGAUAGGACAUGGAAGUGUUCUCAUGAGGCAUCCGAGUUCAAUUGCUCGAGAAGAGGAAUCCGAAGCAAGCUCAAUUUCAGUUGAUAAUAAACAAUUCUCUUUAAACGAGGUUCAUUCAGAGUCGUCCAUCCUUCCUGUACAUUAUGAAGCUCAGAACACGUUUGUAAAUUUUUCUACUCUUGGAAUUGGGAGAAAGCACUCUACUGGACAAGGGUUCUUGAAUGAGCAAAUUAAAAGGGACAGGCCUCAAUCAGAAAGAAUGCAAGCACUUGGAAAUCGCAAUUCCCCUCUCUGUAAUAUAGAUCUAACUGACAUUCUAAACUUCAGAGAGUUUACGAAGCAAUUGACGAGUGAAAAUCAGCAAGAGUUGAUGAAGUAUCUGCCUUCUGUUGAUACUGAAGAGCUUCCAGACAGCUUGAAUAGCAUGUUUGAAAGUCCUCAGUUCAAGGAGAAUUUGAAUUCUUUUAAGCAGCUGCUCACUGAAGGAGUCUUUGAUUUCUCCUUUCCGGGUGCAAAAAGAGAAGACUGCAAGAUUUUGAGUAGGCUGGUGUUGUUGGAUUUGUCAAAAUCAAAAUGGGUGGAACAAUAUAAUUUACUCAAGAAAUGCAGUAGUGGAGAAUCUGUCCAAGGUUUUGCUGCUGCAUCAAGUAGCCUUACGAAUGGCAAGAGAGUGCUGGAUGGCCAGAACAAAAAGCUUUCAGAAACCAGGACCACAAUGAAGAGUCCCAAAAGGGUGAUGACGAAGACAAGCACGGAAAGCAAGGAACUUGUUGACAGUGACGGUUCUUGCUUCAGUCCGAGAAGUUUAUUUGCUUUGCCUUCUGACGGAGGUUCCUUCACACUGGAAGCGCUGCAUUUUGAUGAAGAUAGUUCUGACCAAGAUCUCCUACUGGAUGUGAGGUCAAACAGUUCCUUUCCCCAAGCAGAGCUCCUUCAUCCAGCCCUGAGUUUUGUUGCUCAACAGGCAAGCAAUAGUAGUAGCUCGGUAAAUCUUCGACUUAUGCAUCGCUGACAAUUUCGUAUAACCACCACAGUUUCAUAACUUAAAAAAGAAGUAUUUUUCUCUCUUGCUUGAUGAAACUGAAAAUGAAAAUAGUCUCGAUGUGGGUUAUGGUUGAUUUCUCUUCCUUACCCUUUCAAUCACUCUUAUAAACUUGCAGCUAUAAGGGGGGGAUUUGGGUAGGCUUCUUUUUUUGUAAAUGCUACAGCUGACUGUAAUAGAUAGCUCCCAUCUCAGAAGUUAUAAGGUUUAGAUUUUUGUA